CGCAAUUAUUUAUAUGAGAAUAGUUAUCAAAAGAAGUGUCAUCUAGGUCGCCAUCUUGUGCUGAAGGUUGUGCAGGAGUGCUCGGGUGGUUAGCGAAAUGUUGUUUUUAGAGUGUUUCAUCGCAAGUUCUUAACAUAUCGGUUGCGUGUAGGUUUUAAUCUACUGAAGAAAGUGUCGUCGGCAACGGGUCGUUCCGACACGGGGUGCCCGUAUAGAAUUUAGAUGUAAAGUGUGUGGCUGAGCAGCCCGAGGCAGGCAGGCGGCAAUGCCACUGGUGCAGCGGCUGAUCGAACCUGUGCACGUGUCCCGGGGCACCUUGCCCCUGGAUGCAAGAGGUGCUCCUGCAGUACAGGUUCCUAGUGAGCUUGAAUGUGUGACCAACGGCUCCUUGGCCAAUGUCGUGCGGCAGUUAUCAUCGCUGUCCAAGCACGCACACGACCUCUUUGGUGCCCUGUUCCAAGAUGCCACAGCCCUGGUCACCCGAGCGGCAGCCCUCCAGGAGAGGGUUGACCGGCUCGCUCUCAAGGUCACCCAGUUGGAUUCAACAGUGGAAGAAGUGUCGCUGCAAGAUAUACACAUGCGCAAGGCAUUCCGCAGUUCCAUAGUGUAUGACCAGCAGGUGGUGUGUCGAGGGACCAUGCCAGCAGGCAUGCUCGAGAUGUACCAAGCAUGCGACAAGCCACCGCCCCUGGACAAGCUGAAUCCAUACAGGGAUGAUGGAAAAGAUGGUCUCAAGUCAUACACAGACCCCGGCUAUUUCUUUGAGCUCUGGAGGCGGGAAAUGCUCAAGGACACAGAAAGGAUAAUGCUUGACAGGGGCAAGAAACUGGUGCAUUCAAAGGACGGAGCUGAGCCCAACCGAGUUCGGCCCGAAGGCAAGAAGCACAAGAAGGUGCGGCAACCCCACAACACUCGGGAACGCUACCGCCAGCUGGCCACAACACAGGAGUUUCUGGACCACACGCCCAUCUAUGGGACUACCACUCCGUACAACAACGCCAGGGCACCUGCGCCAGGGGUGCCCCUGCCUCACGUUCCGCUGCAACAGCAGCCGCAGGCACCGCCUGCCACGCUGCCUGAUGGGCCCGUGCGCCCCAGCAGCCUCGAGCUGGCACCCGGCGCCCACUAUCCGCCUCCCCCGCCCGCCUACUCGGAGCACGUCCCGCCACAGUCGCCGAACCACUAUCCACCGCCACCACCUUAUGUGGAGCAGCAGCCCGCACCCUCGCCAGCCAAUGGAAAUGGAACGCCAUCACGCAGGCCUCGCCCCAGCCAGCCACCUCCGGCCCCGCCCACAGCCGGCUCUGUCUCCAGUGGCACUUCUUCGCCAAGCAUCACGGGAGGCACUCCAUCAAGUGGGGCCAGUCGCCAUCGGACGGCAAGCCAAAGGGAAACCCUUCCACCACCACCGCCACCUCCCGAAGCUGGGGGCCCCAUUGUCCCCUGCGCUGUGGAGGCUCCGCCACCUCCAGUGCACCAGGCCAGUGUGGACAAUGGAGCCGACAACAUGGAACUUCCUCCGCCGCCGCCGGCACCCGAUUCUGCGAUGGACUCUGCAGUGGGAGCUGGUGUGGCUGUGGCUCCACCUCCUCCGCCGCCACCCCUGCCUCCACCCAAUGGGGUCACGGCGGCCCCAGCAAUGGUCAAUGGAGGCCUGUCCAACGGCAUGUUGGCAGAGUCUGAGAGCUCUGGCUCCAGCAAAGGAGGGGUCCAGAAGGAAGAAAGGGCAGCGCCUGCCCCUGUCAAAGGAACAACUCCGGCACCACCGACAGAUCCGAGAAGUGACCUCUUGGCUGCGAUCAGAGAAGGCAUCAAGCUUCGGCGAGUAGAAGACUUCAAGCAGAAGCAGGUGGAGAAAGCAGCACAACCUCAUGAUGUGGCUUCCAUUUUGGCUAGGAGGGUGGCCAUUGAGGUGUCUGACUCAGACUCCGGCUCAGACAGUGAAUAUGAUAGUGACUGGGACAAUGAGACAGAAUGCUGAGGGCACAGUGAAGAUGGUUUGUCGUCAGCGCUGUGGGGAGCUCGCUCGUCGCAGCUGUCCAUGGAUGAUGGGGAGGGAGUGUUGCCUGUGCAUUUGCUAGUCUGGUGUGGCCACAAGUCUUUCCUGAGGUGUGCAUGCUUCACCGAAAGCUGCUCAGGUUGAAGAGUGUGGCAGAUAACUCGUUCAGUAUUCUUAACGUCCACUGCCUGGUGCUUGGCAGUGGUUUUAUUUUGUGUCGCCCUGUGCAUUAUUAGGUCAUUGGCCUUCUUGGGGCGAGGGCAAGAACAGUGAAGGAAACUGAUAUCCCAUUCCAAAAUUUUUAUUACGCCUGCGUAUGGAGAAAAUAGUGGCUUGUCGAUGAGGGCCAUCAUGCAACUUUAUUACAAAUGCUCUUCUCAUAGCAGCGGGCUCUCCAAGCUGCGGGAAAGAAACUGCAAUAUGUUGAUGUGUUUAUGCGAGAAUGUGUUGCUCCGCUAUCUCUCUGCUGAGGGCGUCUUAGUGUUUUUAUCAAUUGCGCUUCUCAGUUUAACACUUUUUAAAGUUAUAGUAUUGAAAGCCUGUCACUGAGUAAGCGAAAACUAAUCUUUGCGUAAUCAAGUUUUUAAGUGUUUAGUGGUGCAAGAAGUCAUCUGCCUCUUUCCUGCUUUGACGUUGAAAAAUUGCUGUUUUGGUCGUGCUUUUUAAGUGCAACAUUACCUCUCCAGAAUGCCAAAGAUAGGUUGGAGUUGCAAUCUUUAUUUUCUUCUUUUUUUCUUUUUAACUUAGGUUUCAUUUUUACUGCUGCUUCUAAAAUCGUCACCCCCUGCCAUAAUUGCCUGUGUGUCGGCCAUGAUGGAAUGUAUUGAAAUCGGAAUGUGUAACAUGGGGUGGUUACCUAGUGCUGCUUCGCUAUGCACUAAGUUGUACUGGAACAUUGAGGGGCCCUCUCUCUAACUUUUUUGUUGUUUAAGUUGAAGGUGUCUCGUCGUCGGUAGUUUAGCCCACUUACAAGUGUUCCCAAGCGAUGAAUUUUAUUUUGAGAGGACAAGGAGACUGCUGUCGCAGUCUUGAUAGUGCUCGGCAGGGAAGCGGUGCUGCGUUAUGAAUCGGGCUGCGAGUGUGCUGCCUGUACAGCAGCAGUUGUGGCCUCGUGUGUGUGAGGCUGGAGGGUUGCUGGCCAGAUGUGGAGUUGCAGCAUGCACGAGCAGAGUUAUGUGUAACUUGGCCUUCCACUCACUGAGCACUGUCAUGUGGUUGGAAAACAACCAUGCUCUGAGGAGAAGCCAGCAUUAAGGAGAAACUAAAAAGGCCAUUGCCUCAGUGCAGGUUAAGCAACUUGUUUGCUUACAAAGCUGCUUUCAGAUUUGUUCUUUUUUUUGUUUGUUUGGUGUAAACUGUAUAAAAAUUUGGUGGUUGUUGCCAUUUGUAGUUUUAUCUUACUGGCAUGUUUCAACAGAUCGCGACACUAUAUUUUGCAUGACGAAGGAUACUGUGUUAGGCUAAGUCUCGGCAUGUGCAACAGGACACAGUUGCUGACUGACAUUUAGAGUGCAGUUCUUAGACACCUGUUCCUACAUUGAGCGUCGGCAUAACCGAGUGAACGAGCACAGCGACGGAUGAAAGAGCAAACGCAGAGUGCAGCAGGGGAUGAGACAGCGAUAAGAAAAAGAGCGCGAGGAGAGGAGCGUAGGAGGAGGGUGAAGUGAAACCGUGAUAACCGCAUCGUCUGUUUACUGGUGAUGCCAUCGAUAAGGCAUGCGGCGAGCACGUCCGCCGGUACCAUAUGUGGAAACAAAGUGCUGCAUGAGUGGAGGUCUGUCUGCGGCAGUUGCUGCGAAUGACGCCCACGCGUCACUCAUGCGCUGCCUCUGGCAAUCUCCCAAUCAGGGAAGUAGUCAUGCCACACUUUGCUUCGUUUGCAACGCGUCGCACGAGACAGAUUGUCCACACCAGCCGAUAUAGUAUUGCGAAAUGAAACACGUAUAGAGCUGCGCUCAAAUUUCGUAUUAGGGGGUAUCGUAAUGGCUGGUGAAAAUUUUGAACACAAAGGGAAGUGUGUAAGUAUCCGAUAACCAGGUAGAUAGAAAAAUGGAGUUUGAAGCAACACGUUGCUUCUUUUUUUUUUUUUCAUGUCUGCAGUACAAAAGCUUGCAACAUUUUCCUGGUGUAAUGCUUUAUUGAAAUAGCUGCUUGAAAUUCUGUAAUGGCCAAUGCCACAGGAUUGUACUGCAUUUGGCCGUUGGUUCGGCAUUAGUGCGCUUGUAUGCUAGCCUGAUCUGUGUUGUGCACUGUCGCCAAUUACGGAUGUUGUUUACAACCUUCUUGGUUGCACAUUAGUAGCAGUGUAAGCUGUGUUGCACUAAACAAGUUAGGGGCUUUCUAUUUACAUGUCAGUUUUCACUGCUGCAGCCUUUAAACGCUCAGACUAACUUUGUAGGCACUUCCAGAGCUCCUGGAUAUUUGCUUCAGGGCCCGAGUACCUUUUCUUCUGUUGCUGUCGCAUGAGACUCUGUGAUUAAAUUCAAGCCCAGUCACCAUAGGUGACUACUGGUACAAAUGUAUUAGUAGCAACUUUCUGCAGAGGCUUGUCUUUUGCCGUCAGGCUGACUGGCGGCUAAUUUUGGCAUGACUACACUGACUAUGUUGGCAAGUCUAACCAGAGCUCUUUCGUUGGGAGCUGGUAAUGACAAGUUUCAGUGUCAAGUCAAAGAUUGUGUUGAAGAAGCCAGAUAUUAUUGGAAAGCCAAGAAAUCUUGCCAAGAAAAGCAGGAGUUUGGGCAACAACCUAAAUGGUGGAAAAUUUGUUACCAACUGCCGUGUUUGCGACAUCAAACAUGCAGAUGUUGGAAAAAUUUUGCACGACAGCUGAAAUUUUAAUUGAUUUACUGUAGUAUGUUGGCUCUAUAGGUUGUGUAGUGGUGCCAUGGGUAGGUCGGUAAUCUCUCAUGUUGGGAAAAUCAGGUGUCCAAAAAGUCCAUGGGUGACUGUAUUUCUAUUUGUUGUAGACAGAUUGAGCAAUUACCGUUGCUCAAGUGUGUUCAGUUUGAAGCGGUGAUGGCACAAGCACCCUGGAUUACUAUGUUAAGCGCGCUGUCCUUAUUGCCAGUGUUGUGUUGAGUCCGAGUCCUCCAAGCAUGGAAAGUGUUGUUUUCCCUCACAACAGUAUUCAGUUUUGUGCACAAGAUUUUAGACUUUCACUUAACUCUGCUCCUAUUGGUCGCCUUCAUAGCAAUGCUGGACAUGUGGACAUCAAUGUGUCUUGUCAGAACAAAGAAGAUAAAUGUACAUUGCACAAUUUGUUUAGGAACACUAGCUCGGGAAAGCGACAUGCAGAAAUGGGAGUGGCGAGUAUACUACAUUUGGUUUCAAUUGGUGCAAUUCCUGCGCCUAUUCUUGCAAAUCACCGAACUGAGAAUGUAUUCUGCGUCGAUCACUUACGAGGAGACUUGGUUACUUUUGCCCGACAACGUCCAGUGCAGUACCUCUUUGGAGUGACGAAUAUCCCGUCCACUGGUUUAUCUAAUGAAUGUGCGCUGGAAGUAAUGUCCCCGAAAGCGAUCAGCCAGGAAUUGUGGCCCCCUAGGGCCUCCAACAAUAUUCUCAGAAGAUGACAAAAUUAUUGUGCAUUGGAAUACGAUGUACAUGAGACACCAUUCACGUGAAUGAAAUUUUAGGUCUUCGUGUUUAUAGCACAGGGCUUGGGAAAAUGCAAGGAGUGCCCAGGAUUGUGAAGGCAGCUUCCUCUAAACUGUUACCCAGUUCAUGCAUUGUCUCUGCCUGUGAGCAUUGUGCCGUAAGAGAGAAGCAAGACCUUUGCCAAUUUUUGUCAGGCUUCCGCCGUCGCACUGCACAACACCACUUUGUGUUCCAAGUGUGUAGAAGCCCACUUUCGGUGUGUUGAAUGUGUCAUAACAUUGGGCUUCUCUUACUCAGAUGCUGGGUGAUCGAGUCCAGUACGCUGGAUUCGUAGCACAGAUUUGAAUGUUAUAUGUAGCGCAAUCUCCGGCUGCAAAUGAGAUGAAAAAGAAAAAAGAAAACAAUACAGGAAACAUUUGUUAUAUUCGUGCAGGCAUAAGUUCACUUAGGUAGCACAACUUGUUGCACUGAUUAAUGAGUUGUUCGUUUCAAGUGGGCUCAGCUGUAGACGAUAGCACCUCAAAAAGCAGUCCAUCCUGCUCCUGGCUGUAAGGUAACAAUUGUAAGGCCUGCUCCUACUUGCGCUCUGAUGUCCGGUCUUGCCAUCGAGGACUUAUGGUCUGUGUUUUGAUGUCUACCCAGUGACUGCGUUUAUGGUUGUGUCUUGAUUGCGGUGUUGCUUGCUCAUUUGUAGCAUUGAACAGUCUUUCUGCUGUAUGGGACUUUCUUGGUUUUCUUUUUUUUUCUCAGUUUGCGAUACCCUGUGCCAAACAAAAGCCCCAGUGCAGGGCAUGCGAGUGUUCUAUGCCAAAUCAUUUUAACCCUUUUAUUGACAUACUUCAGUUUUGUUUUUAAUUCACCUUGUUGUGAAUACUUCACUUUUUUUUCCCACCUGUUGCAAUCUUGACACUGGAUAGGUGUCAGAAUCUGGCUAAAGCCCGUUUCACGUGCUACAAAUUGUCAGCGGUAUUGGCUGCGACAGCUUUUCUUCCUCAGCUGAGGUUGCGGUGUAUCAUACAAGCAUGCAUUCACUGCUGGGGAGAGUGGCAGUUGGUGCGGCAGUGUCGUGCUGGAAGCUCUAAAUGUAGAAGAAACAUUUUGCUUAGCUGUGCCCUUUUUAAGACCAAUUAACUUUGAGGAAUAGCUGUAUGUGAAGCAGGCUUUAGCCAGAUUCCAUAUAAUCAGUUGUGCUAACACUCUCGAUGCACAUAGUUACUGGCAUGUAUGCUUAAAGGGUGACAAACAGCGAAAAAACAGUUGUACGAGUUGGUUCUGUAGGCUUCCUGCAUCGACUUUCUCCUUUUCAAGUCGUGGCAAGCUUGACGGUAAAAUGAUAUUCCUAUUGCACGAGGGACCCCCUAGUAUCAACCUGAGCGGCUGUAUAGCUGCCGCUGGUGUCUUUGUCAGGCCCUACCGCUACUAUUGCUCAAGAGAUGGUUGAAGCAUGGGUGUUGCCGCAGCUGUCUCAUGCGUGCCUAUUUGAAAGAGCAGGCUUACGUCUUGAACCUUGUGCUGUGUUUUCUUUGUCUUGCUUGAGGAGGCCACGGCUAGUAGCUUCUGUGAUCGAGUCCAUCCGGGUUGCCCGCUGGCAUGUUUCUUGGGGUGUUCUAUAAUUUCUUGCUGGAGUGACUGCUUUCUGAUGCGUCGAGCAUGCCCGGCACUAGCUGUGGAGGUCCCCGACUGACGUUUGUUUGCCAAGUUGGCCAAGCACCAGUGGCGCUUUUGCACCUAGUAAUGGCUUUGUUCGUAGUGUUCAGUUUGGAGCUGUCGUCUUGCAUGCAUUCCACUGGUUGCCCCCUGACAAGGCACUUGGAACAGCACAGUCACUGCUCACGGCGGCCCACAUUUUGUCGACGAGGAGGGUAGCAGACCUCCUUGUCAUAAGCCGGCUCUGGCAUGGAAAUGCCAAGCUGUGUGAGGUGUCCUCAAGCUUUCUCCAGCGGUCACGUGUCGGCACUUGCAUACUUAAGUGUGUCCUGUAUUAAUUUGGGGUGGACGCAUUCCCUGGGACGUUGCUUCUGUGAAGCCAACGCUGACAGUGACGUGUGGAUGUGUGCGUGCGAAGAAAAAAAGUCAAGCACGAGUUGCUUCCAGCGACGGGAAGACGGUACAGCAAGUGCGUGUCAAUCUUCGCCAGUGAUGCCGGACUGUGACCAUGCUUGUCGAGCGCUGCGCGCAUUUUGUGUGUGCAAUGCCGUUGCCAUGUGAUAUGUGUGUUGUCGCACCAGGCAAAUGGCCCACGUGGAUUUUAAGGCGAGACGUCCACUUGAGAGUGGGCCAGUGUUAAAGGGGGUAAUAAUGGCUUUGGUGUCCUGGCUUGGGCGCUGUAUAUAGGAACCUGUAGAUACAAGAACAGUGAGAGUUUUAUAUUUUUGGAGCAGGAAUAGCGUCUGGCUAUCCUCUUCACACGUGGAAAAGCAAGAGAAAAAAAGAAAAAAAAAACACGACCUCAAUUUGUAUACCUGAGACUGUGCGUCAACACUAGUUUUGAGUUCUCUGUGUGGGCAAUUAGCGUUGUGUAAGCAACAAAAUGGACUCACCCCCGUGUUUCUCUUUGUCACUAAUUUUUCUAGAUCACCUGUACAUGUCAAGACCCUGAAACUAGAAAAAAAAAUUGCUGUUUUAUUUUAUACAUAUAUAUAAAUAUAUAUAAUUAUAAAUAUGAAGAUAUGAAAAGUAUAUAUAUAUAUAUAUAGCUACGUAAGUGUUUUCUACAAUGCUUUGGUUUCAAGCCCGAGGCAAGCUUUACCAUCGUCAGUCUAUGUCUCGUGCCACAGUUCGGGGCACUUUUGUAUAGAUAACGAAUAAAGAGAUGGCUUAACAAGCA